UAGUGUCAGACUCUCGGUGACAACAACACAUCGUGAAGCCGCAGCGCUGUGGAAAACAAUAAGAUAGAGCGUGAGAGUGAGAGAGAGACGCGCGCGGGUGUCGGUCAGAAAUAAGCAAUAUUUUCUGUGAUUUUUGAGUGUGACGUCCUGUUUUGAGUGCUUCCGCUUCGUAAUUCGCGGCAGUGCUGCGGCCAAAAGUUCGCCAUUUGAUGGUUUUUUAUAGCAACCAGCGCGCACGGAAAUAAAUCGGAGCACGGCGAGCACCCAAAGUGCAGAGAUGUCGGGGCAAUUUGCAUAAUUUUCGGGUGGUCGCAGAAAGUUGUAUAAUAAGAUUGCGAAAUCCAGGAGGUACGCCCGGCUCACCACAAAUGGACGGGGAAUGCCGGGGCAGCUCCACCGCGUCCACCAACACCACAACCAGCGCCACCACCACCACCCCAGCUGAAAGCGCCUACACCAUCGAAUCCCAAAAUAUUUCAAAAAAUGUCUAGUGCCCACUACCAGGCACUCGAGCCGCAGACUUCCGACGAGGAUAACGAGGACAUCGAGCGGCGGCACCACCAGAGCCAUUCACGCAGCUGCACCACCAACACCACCGCCACCCAUCCACCACAUCCUAUGGUCAGGAAGGGCGGCGUGGCCAGGAGGCGCUGCCUACUGCCCCUGCUGGGCGGGGCACUGUUCCUCGUCGCCUUCUGCUACCUCACCCUCAGCGGGGACACUCGCCUCGCCUUGGGACUGGGCGGUGGCUCCGAGGACUCGGAGGACGGAUCUCACCAUGGAUUAGGUAAGCAGCGGAUCCCAGUAAUGGAAUCCCGCCCGCCAGACUGGCUCUUGAGAUAUACUCGACCUGACAAGCACGAGGGGGAUGACCGGAAUCCAGGUGAAGAGGAGUUCCCGGGGAAUCUUAGUCAUAGAAUGCAAGAAAUCGACGAAUAUGAAUGGAAUUUCAAGACAGAAGAGCAAACGACCAUGCAAAUGCAAUUCCGAAAAAGGCAUCGUUUCAAUCCCAGAAUCCAUAGUAUGAAUUUCCGGCCAUUGAACGAAACCGUUCACAUUUGCAGCGAGAGUUACGAGGAUCGCCGUCAGUUCAUGCAGGAUAAGCCCCAAUCUGAUUACGGCCAGUUGCCCGUGAUAUACUUUGUUACUCCAACGUAUCCGCGGCGCGAGCAGAUCCCAGAACUAACCCGUCUGGCGCACACGCUGCUCCAUGUUCCGCGAUUGCACUGGCUGGUGGCCGAUGAUCAGGAGAAAUGCAAUGACUUUAUGGACACGCUGCUCUAUCGAUUUGGUAUGCCCUUUACCCACAUGGUCAGCCCGAUGCCCAGCAAAUUCCGGAAUGAAAAGCCAGCGCCGCGAGGUGUGGCAAAUCGGAGGGCAGCCUUGCAGUGGAUACGGCAGCAUAAUUUCACCAACGGAAUACUUUACUUCGGAGACGACGACAACACCUACGAUCUGCGUUUGUUCUCUGAAAUCCGGAAAACACAACGGGUUUCCAUGUUUCCUGUAGGUCUUAUUGCUGAUUAUGGCGUCAGCGGGCCAGUUGUACGCAAAGGCAAGGUUGUAGCAUUUCUGGACUCCUGGGUUGCCGGUCGACGCUGGCCCGUUGACAUGGCCGGCUUUGCAGUGAAUUUGGAGUACAUGGCGCAGUAUCCCUAUGUAAAUAUGCCGUACAAGCCCGGCUACGAAGAGGAUCUCUUUCUGCGCAGCAUUGGCCUACAAAUGAAUCUGAUAGAGCCGCGCGGCAAUAACUGCACCGAAAUUCUGGUGUGGCACACACAGACGAAGUCAAAGAAGCUCGGAAUGGUUCGCUUGGAAAGCAAAUACCUGGACGAUCGCUCUAACUUGGGCGCCCUGCUUCAUAAUCUUAAACUGAUGGGCGUGACCAGUACAACGGAAAGUGAAGGACGCAAUGCACUGAUCAGCAAAAAUGGCAGGGAAAAGCCACACUCCAAAAUUCUUAGCUGAGUCCCAUGAUCCAACAUACGAAGAAGAGCCCGAAUAAUACUCAUAGACUUAUAGAGCUAAAUGUAUAGUUAUUCUGAAACAAAACUAAUCUCGAAUCCACUGCUCGCUGUAUUUCCAUGGAAAUUUCCUGUUCCAUUUAUCAGUCGUUUUCGUACUGCACAAUUCUAUAUUUUUUUACAAAUUAUUGCGUGGGUGCUGCCUCUCUGUUCUAGAUUCUCAUAAUGAAAAGUUAAUAAAUUAUGCAUGUAUUGUUAAUUAGUUGUAGAUAAGUUUGUUCGUGAUAGCAAGAUAGGAAACACAGGGACGGCCACAAAGAUAGGACUUAUUUAAAUAUAUCGUAAUCGCUGACAGUAGGUUGUAAAAGCAGCUAGGAAUGUUUAUUACUUGCUUAUUGUACGUUCUAAUUUGCUAAGCAAAACGAAGGCUUCGCUCUGUAUGGUCUUUCGACAAAGCCCUUAGGGAUCAUUUUAUCGUUGUUAAUCACCUCAUCGACUUGCAACACAUAUCAUUAAGCUUGGUAUAAAUUAUUUAGGCUUAUCAAAGGUUAUCGAAUCCCCUCAAGAGCAAUGGUCAUUAAGUAAGAAGGACUUGUGUCAUCUUUAAUGUAAACUUUAUGUAUACUCUGUAAAUCAGUCAAUAAGAUAGUGAGUCAUAAUGUAAAAGAAUUAAACGCUAGUUUUAUGAAGCUUUCCCGAAUGGAA